CCUCCUCCUUUGGUUAGUGACAAAUCAACUGUAAAAGUUUUCAGGAUAACCGGAGCUGACAUGGCUUCUCUUCAGCUCAGUUUAUCCGUCCCAUCCGGUCCACGAACUUCCAUAUCUCGGUUCAGAAACCGGCCGGUUGAAUGCACUAACGAACGCCAGGCGCUCUUUAGCCGCAUUGCUCCUGUUUACGAUAACUUGAAUGAUUUGCUGAGCUUGGGCCAGCAUCGAAUAUGGAAACGAAUGGCUGUGUCCUGGACUGGGGCAAAAAUGGGAGAUAGUGUGUUGGAUUUGUGUUGUGGAAGUGGGGAUUUAGCAUUUCUCUUGUCUGAGAAAGUAGGUCGCAAUGGAAAGGUGACGGGUGUUGAUUUCUCAAAGGAGCAGCUGCUGAUUGCUUCCUCUCGGCAACAGUUGUCUUCAAAAGACUGCUUCCAAAAUAUCGAGUGGGUUGAGGGUGAUGCAACUGAUUUGCCAUUUUCUGAUUGUAACUUUGAUGCUAUUACCAUGGGUUAUGGUCUACGGAAUGUGAUAGAUAAGCAUAAGGCCAUGCAGGAGAUGUAUCGAAUUCUGAAACCAGGCGCAAAAGCAUCUGUCCUCGAUUUCAAUAAGAGUAGUCAAGUAUUUGUUGCUUCGUUUCAGGAAUGGAUGAUCGAUAAUGUUGUUGUUCCUGUCGCAUCUGCCUAUGGCCUUGCAAAGGAGUAUGAAUACCUGAAGAGCUCAAUCAGAGAUUUUGUUACAGGGAAGGAGUUGGAGGAACUUGCUCUGGAAGCAGGAUUUUCGGCUGCCAAGCAUUAUGAGAUCAGCGGAGGCCUAAUGGGAAACCUAGUGGCCACACGUUAGGCAAAGAAUGAUAUUUGGAAUUUGCUAGGAUAUCUCACUAGCUUUCUUGUGAAGAAGUAUAGGGGUAGUAGCUUUGUAUCUAGAAUAUUGUCUGUGAACUCAGAAUUUCCAUACUGUAAGUUCUUUGCAUUUGCCAAACAAUGUUGGCAACAUGACCACUAAAUUAAUUGCAUUCCCAUUUCCCUUCCCUUGCCCACUUA